CGUGUGGACAAACAAUUUUAACUCAAACGAUGGGCUACGACAACUACAACAACGGCACCGAGGUCGCCGAAUCUGGCCAGGCGGCGGCGGCGGCCAUCUAUGCCGGCGGCAAUGGGAAUAUGGUCGCCGAUGAACAAUUUGCUGCCGCCGCAGCGGAGCUGCAGCCGUCGCUGAAUCGUGUACUCAGCUCGAUUGAUUAUGAUUUGUGCUUCAAGCAUCCGCUGGAGCACACCUGGACGCUGUGGCAUUGGGAGAACGAUCGCACCAAAUCCUGGUCCGAUAUGCUCAGCGAUGUGACCAGCUUCAAUACGGUCGAGGAUUUCUUCAGCGUCUACUAUUUUAUUAAGCCACCAUCCGAUCUGAAGGUAUUCAAUGAUUACAUGGUUUUUAAGCAUGGCAUACGCCCAAUGUGGGAGGACGAUGUCAACAAGGACGGCGGACGUUGGGUUAUGUUUCUGGACAAGGAUUCCAAGGAACUGGUAGACAAGCUCUGGCAUGAUUUGCUGCUGUGCACAAUUGGCGAGUGCUUCGAGUAUUCGGAUCAAAUCUGUGGCGUGGUCAUCAAUGUGCGCAACAAGGCCAGCAAAAUAUCACUGUGGACCAAGGACUCGCACAAUCAACAGGCGAUUUUGGCAAUUGGACGCAAAAUGAAGCAGCUGCUGCAGCUGCGCGAGGUGGAACUGCAGUACCAGGUGCACAAGGAUGCCAUGGUGCAGGCGGGGCCCAAUGUGAAUGCCAUUUACAAGUUGUAAAUUGCCAAUGAAAUAGAGCCAACAAAUUAUUAAUCGAAAAAGAAAGAAAAUAACAAGUGCAGAUCACAAACGCGGCAACUGGAAGCGGCGUCUACUUAGUUUAAGCACUCAACGGGCAUCGUAAAUGCUUUGUUCUUGGCUAGAACUGAGCAUAAUACGAUCCCCCGUCCCCGUCGUCUCUCCCCCCCCUCUCCUCUCUGUGCAUUAUACUUGGAUACUUUAUACACCACGAAACAUUUAUACACACACACACACACACACAAUAUGGUGCUACACUCUGUACUCUCCAAUAAAGAAUAAAGAAUUGCAUUAAGGCGAAA